AUGGAGAAGCCUUACUCGACAAAACAGACCCACUUUAUAGAACUAAAUGACAUAGAGGUAACAAUUCCUGAGACGUUUGAAGAGGAGGGAAAUGAAAAGGACAACAACUCCAGAGAAGUAUGGUCAAACAAUAUGGACUUCAUCCUCGCCUGUGUGGGAAUGUCAGUGGGUCUUGGUAAUCUAUGGCGGUUUCCAUAUCUUUGCUACAAAAAUGGAGGGGGUGCCUUUCUUAUACCGUUUAUAACGUUUAUCGUGCUGGGUGGUGUGCCGGUCUUUAUGCUUGAGAUGGGACUUGGCCAGUACAUGAGUCUCUCAGGUUAUAAAACCUGGAAACUUUGUCCCGUAUUCCAAGGUAUUGGAAUAUCUAAUAUCAUCACGAGCUCGCUUGCGAACAUCUACUACAUCUUGAUAAUGGCAUGGGCUGCCUACUAUUUUGUGUUGAGUUUACAAGCAGUUCUGCCCUGGUCUGACUGCAAUAAUGAAUGGAACACCCACAGAUGUAUGCCGUACAGUGAAGAUAUCAACAUCACCGCCUUAACCAAUAUGUCGCUGUUGAAAUCUAAUGGUACUGGUGUCGAUCCUGCUGUGGAGUUCUGGGAACGAGGAGUGUUACAGUUGUCCACAGACAUCACAGAAGGUGGUGGUAUUAUUUGGCAGCUAGCUUUGUCUCUACUUUUGGUUUGGAUCAUUGUAUAUUUCUGUGUCUGGAGAGGGGUUAAAUGGACUGGUAAGGUCGUAUAUUUCACUGCCAUAUUUCCAUACGUCAUACUAAGUAUACUACUGGUUCGAGGACUGACGCUAGAUGGCGCCAGAGAAGGUGUAGUGUACUACAUUAAACCGGAUCUGUCAAGACUUGCCGAUAUACAGGUUUGGCUGGACGGAGGAACACAGGUAUUUUUCACAUACGCCAUUGCCCUCAAUCAAAUUAUAACUCUGGGGAGUUACAACAAAUUUACAACCAAUUUCUACAGGGACGCCAUCUUUGUGGCUUGUAUUAACAGUGGAACAAGUUUGAUCGGGGGUUUCGCCGUCUUUUCCGUACUAGGAUUUAUGUCCAAACAUCACAAUAUUCCUAUAUCAGAAGUGGCUAACGCUGGUCCCGGAUUGGCUUUUAUUACUUAUCCUAACGCCGUGACACAGAUGCCGAUUUCCCCAUUGUGGGCUGCCCUUUUCUUUCUGAUGUUACUUUUACUUGGCCUCGAUAGUCAAUUUGUAGGAGUGGAAUCUGUUGUUACCGCAUUCAUGGAUAUAUUUCCAAACUUUUCACGAAAAGGAAAUCGACGGGUGUUUAUAGUAGCUGUCUACUGUCUCAUGUCGUUUCUAGUGGGACUUUCAAUGGUAUCAAGGGGAGGAAUGUAUGUAUUCCAGCUGUUCGACUACUACUCCGCCAGUGGAAUGGUCCUUCUGUGGUCAGUGUUCUGGGAGGUGGUGGCCAUUGCUUGGGUGUUUGGUGCUGACCGGUUCUAUGAUGCCAUUGAGAUGAUGAUAGGUUCAAGGAUCAACCCAUAUCUACAAUUCUGUUGGAAGUACACAACACCUCUAUUGUGUAUGAGUCUUUUGUUAUCUAAGUUGAUCAUGUUCCGGCCACUUAAGUACAACAAGACAUACGAGUACCCCACCUGGGCUCAGGGUUUCGGUAUCCUGUUGGCACUAUCGUCCAUGGUGUGUAUUCCUAUUUAUGCUAUCUUCAAACUGGCAACCACGGAAGGCACACUUGUGAAGAGAUGGCGAAAAGUGACGACACCAGUGUUACGGAAACAUCAGAUCCACCCCAGCUGGAGAAUUAAGGCUAGGAACGACUAA